GUGUGAAGUACGUGACUGAAUAUUAAGUACAUCUAGAUGGUGUGAAGAGAAUAUUUUUAUCCUGGGAACUACUGCAGCAAUAAGAACAACCAAAAGACUCAUUUAUUACGUUAUAUGGCUGAAAUGAAGAAAUAUUGGAGGAAUCACAAAUUGGAUGCAUGGGUUUAAGAUCUAUUUAAGCUGCUUUUCGUGGUUAAAUUUAGCAGUCUUCUUUCAAUGACGCAGAAGAAGAUUGAGUAGAAUAAGUGCUGUACAGAUGCCUGGGAAAGAGGGCUUGGGGCUAUUUUGGCCCAGCAUUAUGAGGAUGGGGAGCACUCUGUUCUAUUUCGCAACCAGAAAUGAUCACCCUGGGAGCAGAAGUACAUUGCAAUUGAGCAAGAGGUUCUGGCCAUCAGGCAUUGCAGGCACGACUCAUUCAAGGAUCUGAGAGGCAGGAGCGGAGAAAAAAAAAGACUCUUGAGUGAAAUAAGGAAGGGAAAGGAAGCAGAGAUUUAAACCAAAGCAAAUCAGAGAAGCUGCUGCUCCUGCUGUUGCUGCUGCUACUGCAAUGAACUGGUUAGAGGAACCAAACUGGCAGCUUCAGGUUUCCUUGCUGGUGUUGCUUUCCGUUCACACCAAGGCAAACUUCCUAGACAGCAGGCCUUUGAGAAGUUCUGGAAAAGUCAACAUGGAACCCAGGAAGGGUGAUAGUGGGAGCACAGCAGUUGCUCCUACUGAGAAGAAGCUGUGGUGUCACUGUCAUCAUUACUGUCCUGAAAAUGCAAAAAACAACACCUGCAGUACUGAUGGCUAUUGUUUUGCUAUGGUAGAAGAUGAUGAUUCUGGAGGGCAGACGUUCACCACAGGGUGUAUAGGAUUAGAAGGUUCUGACUUCCAGUGCCGGGAUACACCACUGUCCCAGCCAAGAAGAUUAAUAGCAUGUUGCACAGAUCAGGAUUUCUGUAACAAAGGUCUUCACCCAACUCUACCACCACUGGAAGAUCGAGGUAUUGCAGAGGGGAAUGUUCACCACAAAGCCUUGCUCAUCUCCGUGACGGUCUGCAGCAUACUCCUCGUGCUGAUCAUCAUAUUCUUUUAUUUCAGGUAUAAAAGACAGGAGAGCAGGCCUCCGCGCUACAGCAUUGGGCUCGAACAAGACGAGACGUACAUUCCACCUGGCGAAUCCUUGAAAGACCUCAUUGAACAAUCUCAGAGCUCAGGAAGUGGUUCAGGGCUCCCUCUGCUGGUGCAAAGGACUAUAGCAAAGCAAAUUCAGAUGGUGAAGCAGAUAGGUAAAGGCCGCUAUGGAGAGGUCUGGAUGGGGAAGUGGCGAGGCGAAAAGGUGGCUGUCAAGGUGUUCUUCACCACAGAGGAAGCCAGCUGGUUCCGAGAAACGGAAAUCUACCAGACUGUCCUGAUGAGACAUGAAAACAUUUUGGGGUUUAUUGCUGCAGAUAUAAAAGGUACUGGGUCUUGGACUCAGCUAUAUCUUAUUACAGACUAUCAUGAGAACGGAUCCUUGUAUGACUACCUAAAAUCCACCACCUUGGAUACAAAAGCCAUGCUGAAACUGGCCUACUCUUCUGUCAGCGGAUUGUGUCACCUGCACACUGAGAUUUUCAGCACUCAAGGCAAACCUGCUAUUGCCCACCGGGACCUGAAAAGCAAAAAUAUUCUGGUGAAAAAAAAUGGAACCUGCUGUAUAGCAGAUCUUGGUUUGGCAGUUAAGUUUAUUAGUGAUACAAACGAAGUGGACAUACCGCCAAACACCAGAGUAGGAACAAAACGGUACAUGCCCCCUGAAGUCUUGGAUGAAAGCUUGAAUCGGAAUCACUUCCAGUCGUAUAUCAUGGCUGAUAUGUAUAGCUUCGGACUUAUCCUUUGGGAAAUAGCAAGGAGAUGUGUUUCAGGAGGUAUCGUUGAAGAGUACCAGCUUCCAUACCAUGAUGUCGUGCCUAGCGAUCCCUCGUAUGAAGACAUGAGGGAAAUAGUCUGUAUCAAGAAGUUACGGCCUUCAUUCCCAAACAGAUGGAGCAGCGAUGAGUGCCUAAGACAAAUGGGGAAGCUAAUGACAGAAUGCUGGGCUCACAACCCUGCUUCUCGGCUCACAGCCCUGCGAGUAAAGAAAACACUUGCCAAAAUGUCAGAGUCACAGGACAUUAAGCUCUGAUCCAGCUGACAAACGGCAUUUCUUUGCUAAAGCUCAGAAAAAUACGGACUUUCCUUCACGUUUCAAAGAGACAGGAAGAAGAAUUGCAAACCUUCACUAAUAUAAACUUGAAUGCAGACUGUUGGCCAAGAAAUCCAAACACAAUACAGGAGUCUUUCCAGGGGAAAGAAAUGCGGGGCAAGUAAGAAAAUCCUUUUACUACCAAAGGAGAGGACAUUGGCCUCUUUGGAGAACAAUCAAAAACAAUAUCAAAAACUGCUUCAAGAUUAUGCAUGCUGCUUUCUGUGAAAGCCCUUCUUGUUCUUGUUGUUGUUUAUUUGGAUUGUUAAAAAUUUCAUGAAAAUGAACCUUUGCAAAUAGAAAUUACAAGAAAAGAAUUAUAUUCUAAUACUAAAGGAAAAAAAACCCCCAAAAUUUAAUCUGAAAUCUAAAAGUUGCUGUUCCUUCCUGCUGAUAGAAAAGACAGUUGUGUUUCAAGGUAACUGAAGCCCCACCAUGUUGUGAAAUAAAAAGGGAAUAUGUCUGUGCACAUAUCUAAAUGUCAUCUCAUGUCAGAUGUACCUGUAAGAAAGAACGUGUCCCGGAUGGAAGUUGCCUGAUUUACUGCCAAAGAGUGCCUUGCGCAACAGAAAUGUCAUUAUUUUGCAGUGUCUCCUGCAUAAGCCCUUCAUAUUUUGACUUCCUUAAGAUAAUGCCACCAGAAGUAAUAAUAGGAAGCUCACUUUGCGUGCCGAGAUUGGGGACACGUCUUGACCAAUAAAUGGGAGCCACAUGAAAGUACAACUUUUCAGCCUAUGGGGCUUGUGGAGAGACACAGGUUGAGAAUUGUGUCGUGGAUCAUCAGAUUUUUUCUGAAGUGUUAAAAUAUCCAAACAAUAUUUUGAAAUGAGUGUGAAUUAGAGAACUUUUAGUAAAGCCUGAAGUGGUACAUUCUUCCUCAGCCACUAACGUACAAGUAAAGUCACUAGUAAAGGAAGCUGUUCCCUUAAUUGUGUUUAAAUCCCCUUGCCUUAAGAUAAUUCAGUUAAAAAGAUAAUGUAGACAGAAGAAGGAGCUUUAAAAUGUAUUGAAAGGUGGUGACUUAUAACUGAAGGGUAAAAGAAAUCUGUUCUUAAGUGCAAGAAAAAAAAACACUGUUACCAUAUUUGACUAUUGUACUC